AUGCGUGUCGCUCCAGUUUUGUUGUUGAUCGCGGCUACCUUUUUGGCUGCCAGCGAGGCUCUCUCGACCACCACGGACUCCAACAAGGUCAAGACCUCCCAAGUGAUUUUGCCCAGUGGACCCAGCCUGCGGCUUCUGAGGAAGCACAACAAGGUUGUCGACGAGGACGAGGACUCUUCCGAAGGAAGGACUCUCACUGAUCUGCAAAUGGCGGAAAUGGAGAAGUUCGCCGAGAAGCUGGGAAUGAAUUGGGCAAGAGUCCAAAGUGGCACAAUGUACUUGCAAAGACACGCGAAGUACGCGGAAUACCAGGAGACGAUGAAUAAGUACAUUGCGAUAAACCAAAAGAUCAAGGCUAAGAAGGAGGAAGCUACACGAAAGGCUGCACGCAAGGCGGCGCGCCGACAGGGAUAA